AUGCGCUACCGCUACCACGGCAGUAAUAAAUAUUCAGUCCGCAUUCGUCAUCAUCCAGAUGCAUGUGCGACUGAGAACGGAAUGAGGAACGAAAUGACCGAACAGCCAUGGCCUGCUGCUGUUACUGCUAACGAUGUGAAGUUGGCGCGGAAUGCCAUUGAAACGCAGCUAGAUUUCUGGGGGCAGCUAUACCAGGCAAUCGCAUCUGGUGUUGCUCACCGUAGCGACAGUAAUGAAACGGAGAAGCCAGAACAGCCGUGCCAGGCGUGUUGA